CCCGCUCCCCCCAGCCGGCCCCGAUCCCGGACACACCUCUCCCCUCCGCCCCCCCGGCACGCGCUGUCUGCAGUUGAGGGUCGAGGAAGAUGCCGAGUCCCCGGAGGGCCCGGGAGAGUCGGGGGGCGGGGCCGGGGAGCCCCGCGCCCCUGCCCGGCCGAUUCGAAUGGCCGAGCCCGCCGAGCGACGGGGUCCCCGGGCCGGAGGCGGCCCCCGGCCGGCUCCGCCCUCCCGAGAGCAGUCCCGUCCACCGCCGGGGCUCCCCCGCCCCGCCGCCGCCCCCGCCCCCGCCGCCGGACCGCAUGAAGCUCAACCCCUCCUUCCCGGUCAUCGCCCUCCGGUCCCUGCUGGCCGUCGACCUGUGGCUGAGCAAGCGGCUGGGGGUGUGCGCCGGGGACGACUCGCUGUGGGGCAGCGCCCGGCCCCUGCUGAAGCUGCUGGAGAUCUCGGGCCACGGGAUCCCUUGGCUGGCGGGCACCGUCUACUGCCUGUCCCGGAGCGCCAGCUGGGCCGGGCGGGAGGUGCUGCUCAACCUGCUCUUCGCCCUGCUGCUGGACCUCCUCCUGGUGGCCCUCCUCAAGGCCCUGGUCCGCCGCCGGCGGCCGGCGCACAAUCGAAUGGACAUGUUCGUCACCCUCUCGGUCGACAGGUACUCCUUCCCUUCGGGCCACGCCACCCGGGCGGCCCUCGUCUGUCGGUUCGUCCUGCACCACCUGGCGCCAGCCCUCCCGCUCCGGGUGCUGGUGGUGCUGUGGGCCUUCGUCCUGGGCCUGUCCAGGGUCAUGCUGGGCCGGCACAACGUCACGGAUGUGGCCUUCGGCUUCUUCUUUGGCUACGUUCAGUACAACGUGGUGGACUACUGCUGGCUGUCGCCCCUCAACGCCCCGGCCCUCUUCUCCCUGUGGACCAGCUAGUGGCACGUUUCGGGUGGGACGACGGCAUCCACCCCGUGGAUGUCGGGGGGUACCUCCCCUGGGACAGGAGGAGGGCCGGGGGUAAAAGAUAAAUCGACACAUCGAGCCGCACGUAACUCUGGCACGCUCUCAGCCGGAACCGGGGGGGUGUCGGACGGAAGGAACGGAUUUGUUGUUUCGGGUAGGCCGCGCCCGCCGGAGGACCGCGGAGGAAUCGAACGGUCCACCCUCUGCUUCUUGCCCAUCCGCAUCGGUGAUCGAGGCCUGAUUCCACAAAUCGACAAGUCUUCCAUAGGUGCCGUUUAAAACAACGCUACCCGGAACCGUCGCCGCCUUACCGUGACCGUGCUUGAGGACGAGCCGCGCGCCGGCGCCGGGAAUCCGUGCCGUUGACCGGUAAUCGGUUUUUGAACACCACUUUAGGAAUCCUAGGUAGUCACCUGGGUCGUUUCCUAAAACGCUGGUGCCGUGGUGAUGUAUUGGGUUUCUUUGGGUUUUUUAGAACCCUUGCCGUUUCCUGCCGCUCCGAGGGAGAGGUGGCCCGGUACCACCCCCGGAAGACUUCUAGAUACGAUUAUAAAUUGCCCUUCCAUUCCUCUUUAAUCCUUUCCAUUAAUGAGCACGUUGGCGAAGCUCGUUUCGGGGGAGAGACGAGUAAAUCACGAAGCCACCCAAGACCCCCUCGGUCCCCUCUGAAAGGGGAGUAAGAACUUCGGAAGAUCGACCUCGUGUUCCGUGAAGAUACCUCCGCAGGAGAGUUCCACUGUGUCCAUUGUCUCUACUGGGAAGAUGAAAUGUUUGUGGGGAAGGGGAGAGGGGACCUUCCAUGGGAUCACGGCGCUCUACUGCGUUAAGCUUUCUCGAAUGUAGGAAAUUCUCAAAUGCUCUAAUUAAAAGAUAUUCCUCUGACCCGUC